UCAACUGAUCAAGGUAGCAAUCUUCGUGUUUUUGUCACUAGAAUAUUGUGCUUCACGAGUUAGUAUCGUAAGCAUGGCAAAAAUACAACUAGUGUACUUCCAGGUCAGGGGCCGUGGUGAGUCAAUAAGGACUCUCAUGGUUGACAACAAUGUGGAGUAUGAGGAAAUUGAUUGUGGACCAAACUGGGUGCAGGAAUGGAAACCAAAAAUGGCAUUUGGUCAGAGUCCAUUUUUUAAGGAUGGAGAUGUAGAGAUCGUACAGUCCAACGCAAUUCUGAGAUAUCUGGCUAGAAAACUGGAUUUGUAUGGUUCAAACAAUAAGGAAGCAACAAGGGCUGACAUGAUCAAUGAUGGGGUGGAAGAUCUUAGAAUAGAAUAUACAAGGAUGAUUUAUCAGAACUAUGAGGAAGGAAAGGGUCCAUUUAUUGAAAAACUUCCAGGAAAACUACAGUGUUUUGAGAACUUAAUGAAAAGUGGAGAUUAUGUAUUGGGAAGCAAGAUAUGCUUUACCGACUACAAUCUGUUUGACCUUUUGGAUUGUCUUGUGACCUUGUCUUCUCCAUGUCUGGAUGCUUUUCCAUCACUUAAGGCCUACCAUAAUCGUAUGAUGAAUAGACCAGGGGUUCAGAAGAGAAGAGCAACAGAGCACUUCAAAGGAAUUAAAAUCAACGGAAAUGGAAAACAGUGAGGAAAUCCGGAAGAGAGAAAGAAAACAGUGGACAAGUGAUUGAAUCCAUCGAAUGAACACUUAUGCAGAGACAACAAUGCAUACAUAUGUAUAGUAUAAACCAGACCUUAAUUGCUGCUUUACUAUCAUUGCACAUCUUCUUGUAAGAACUUUUUAAAUCUUUUUUUUUUAAUUCAGAGGAAGAAUGACCUUUUGAAUGCAAGUUGCAAUUUACAUGUACCUUUACUAUGCAAAAUAAAAUGAUUUAAUGGC